AUGAAGUUCGCAGCAGUCUCCCUCGCCCUUCUCGGUGCCUCUGCCGUUCAAGGCCUUGCUACUCCAGCAACCUUCGGUAACGCUGUUCAGGCCCGCCAGAUCAGCGGUGGCAUCAACGGCAUUGGUGCCAUCGUCAUCACUCUCGAGGACGUGAUCGACUCCUUGAUCGGCCUGACCACUGAGACCAUCGGCGCUGUUUCUGACGCUGUCAACUCUGCCAUUGGCACCGCCACCGAUGCUAUUGGAGAAAUCACCGAUGCCCUGCCAACCGUCAGCAAGCGUCAAGCUGAUGCCGCCGUCGUUCUCGCCCGUCUCAACGCCCUCAUCGACCGCCUUCAAGUCCAGGCCAGCAUCCUCACCGGUACCGCUCUCAGCACGGUCAACAACUUGAUCAACCAGAUCCAGUUGAUCAUCACCAGCCUCACCCUCGACGCCACCACCCCGUUGUAA